GUCUCCUCUCCGCGCUCUCUGUUUACCGUCGGCUGCAUUUGAUCUACGGCGCAGGCGUAGUCAGAGAUUAGGACUCCAACCACCGCCUGCUCCGCUACCGCAACGAACUAAGUAACGAUCUUGAACGAGAAGAUAGUUUAAGGCUCAGAAAGAGAUCGGGGGAAAAGGUAAGAUGAGCAACAAGAGAGGUCGAGCCUGUGUGGUUGUGUUGGGUGAUAUUGGCCGCAGUCCUAGAAUGCAAUAUCAUGCCCUUUCUCUUGCUAACCAGGCAAAUCUUGAAGUUGACAUUGUUGGAUAUGGAGGAUCUGUGCCACAUGCUGCAGUAGUGGAGCACAAGUCUAUCCAUGUCCACAACAUGAAACCUAUACUUCUUCAGGGCCUGCCAAAGGUCCUUAAACCUUUGGUUCUUCUACUAAAGCCAUUGAUUCAGUUUCUUAUGUUGCUUUGGUAUCUCUGCAUCAAAAUUGUAAGACCUGAUGUUUUCCUGGUUCAGAAUCCACCAUCCGUACCAACCUUGAUGGCAGUGAAAUGGGCAAGCUGGUUUCGGAAUUCUUCAUUCAUAAUUGACUGGCACAACUUUGGAUACACCUUGAUGGCUCUCUCUGUGGGAAGAAAUAGUCGAUUUGUUGCAGUAUAUCAUUGGUUUGAACAGCAUUUUGGUAAGAUGGCUAAUGGUUCCCUGUGUGUAACAAAGGCAAUGCAACAUGAAUUAGCUCGGAACUGGGGAAUUAAUGCCACAGUUCUAUAUGAUAAGCCUCCAGAAUUUUUUCAUCCUACUCCAAUCGAAGAAAAACACAAGUUGUUUUGCAGGCUAGGUAAAAGUAUCACUCAGCUUCCUAGCAUCCGAGAUUGUGUUAGCUUUGAAAGUUUAGCAUUAGAAGACCAAGGUGUAAAGGAAACUCUAUUUACCACGAUGACUGAUGGUCAUGUUUUUCUUAAACCAUAUCGACCGGCACUUGUUGUUAGCAGUACAAGCUGGACACCUGAUGAAGAUUUUGGCAUUCUGUUGGAAGCUGCUGUUAUGUAUGAUAGACGAGUUACUGCAAUCUUGAAUGAAGAUGAUGGUCUUGAUGAAGAGGUUCUUUGGAAAGAGAUGGCUCAAGGAAAGAAGACUUUGUACCCUAGGCUACUGUUUGUUAUUACAGGUAAAGGGCCGGAGAAGGAACAGUAUGAAGAGAAGAUAAAGCGCUUGCGGCUGAAGCAUGUUGCAUUUCGUACAAUGUGGUUGUCAGCUGAGGACUAUCCUCUGCUUCUAGGUUCUGCUGAUCUUGGUGUGUGCUUGCACACUUCAUCUUCGGGAUUGGAUCUUCCAAUGAAGGUUGUAGAUAUGUUUGGUUGUGGGCUGCCUGUGUGUGCCGCUGCCUACUCUUGCAUCCACGAAUUGGUGGAAGUUGGCAAAAAUGGACUCCUCUUUUCAUCAUCUUCUGAGCUAGCAGAUCAACUUCUGAUGUUGUUUGAGGGAUUUCCUGACAAAUGCAAUACAUUGGCUUCGCUGAGAAAUGGGGCAUCAGAAGCAGGGGACUCAAGGUGGAUUUCUGAAUGGGAGGAACAUGCAAAGCCAUUAAUACAUCAGGCUAUUUCUGCAAACACGAAGUAAUUUCCAUUUGAAUACUGUUAUCUUGGGCACUAGGGUGUUGAUGGGCACUUACGGAUCGAUCAAAUACAAACUGGAUGAGAAUACAACUAUCAAAUUGUUUUACAGGUUCAGAACCUUGUAACUUUGAUAAUCCGAGUCAAAUUGCUAGUAGCCACAAGUCGAAUAACUUGAGCCCCUAGCGGGAGGGUAUCGUACUGCUACUGCUGUUUGCCAUUGAUGGUUUGGUUUUGGUGCUUCCACUACAUUCUUCCUGAGAACAUCAAAAGGAAGGUGUAAAUGCCACAACAACAACAACAACAACAGAGUGGGUAAUGGUAGUUACCAUUACUGGGGAAGCUUUCUAUUGUCAUUCUUUAACGUUUGGAAGCUAAAAAAGGAAACCUGUUGUCCUUGGAUUAGAUGGCAAGGGAUGGUGGCCUACAACGCCCGCCAGUCACGGCGCAACCACCCCCCCUUUUACUUAUUGACCACCUCCUCCUUCAUUUAUUUUUCAGAUCCAUGAUUUCAACUGUUAGGUAAAGGGUAAAGCAAAUUGGAAGAAUGGAUUGGGGAGGGGUUCUAUCAUAUCAUUUGAUUCUGUCGCUUUCCUUUUUCCAUGUACUCUCGGCUAUAUAUAAACUGAUUUGCAACCAGCUA